CGAUUGUUGUAGUAGUUGGUACUGUAUAGAAAAGAUCAGCUUUCAGUGUGUUUUAGGAUAAUUUAUUCAUAAAGUGACAACAGUAUUUCUGCACACAUUUCAGUGAGAUAUCCAACGAGUGACAGUUACGGUUGAAGCACAUCAACACACGUUUUAGAUCUACUUCAAUGAAACGUCACAAAAACAGCCGCUAAUAACUACAAAUCGGAAACUAUUAGGAAGGAAAAUACCUUCAGUUUAAAAGCCGGAAAGUUGUACUACAGUUAAAAUGGUCAACUACUUUAUUUACGCAAAAGAUUAUUCAGCUUCAACCGAGCAUGACGACCAUUACCACACCAACGGAUUAAAAACCCUUGAACAGUUUAUAAUCGACGUAGAAGAAAUAAAAAAUGAAGUAGCGAAAUCUGAAGACCCUCCGAUAGAAUCAAGAAUUAUUUACCUGCAUUGGGGAUAUAAAUGUGAAGAAGUCGACGAAGAGACAACUAGAACAGCAUAUCUACAACAACAAGGCAACGGACCUGACACACUUCCGGAGAAGAUAAUCGACUGGUUAAAAGUAAACUAUGACAUUUGUAGUAAAAAAAGUACAAUCAAGCUGUUGUAUAUAAUCACUGAUGGCAGGGUGUAUGAAACUAGUGUAAAGAAAUGUUUCAAAUCCAACAAAUAUAUGCAUUAUGAAAAGGUGGUUUUUCAUGCAUUUAAUGAAGACCGUAAUGAAAUAGACAUUUCAGUAGCAUCAUCAUUCUUUAAAAGCCAAUGCAUAGUUUACUGUAAUAACGAACUUUACGACGACACUGAUAUUUCCGAAGAGUUUGACUAUGAGAAAAUCAAUGUUGAGAACUUUGUUUCUGAAAAGAAUAAUUUAAGGUCCUAUGUUAAAUUGAAAUUUUUGAAAAAAAAUAAGAACGAUGCCCGCGUCUUAAAUGAAAUCGAUAAACUCAAGAAACUACGAGUGCGACUAUUUGAUGAACUGUCAUCAAAAACGAAAGUUGACUUGGCAAAAAAGGAUAGAAAUAAGUUCAUUAGUGCAUUUGUUUGCACGGAUUGGUACCAGAAUCUCACUUCAGUGGAUGAAAUCGGAAACGCAAAGGUUGACAUUGAGAAAGCUAUCUCCGCUACGAUCAAUUAUCUCAAUAGCGAAAAUAGAUCUUUUAAGUUUGACGCAUUGAAGUUUAAUAGAAAUUUUAAUACAAUUGUGGAAGAAGAGCCAAUCGUUGACGUAAAUUUUACAGCCGAACAAGAAAUUGCGUUCCCUGACAUCAUCUGUAAUGACGAAACCGGAAUUCCCGUUGUGAUACUUACCUAUGUGGAUUUACUGGAGAAAAUUAUUUUCCAUGGACAACACGAGAGAGAAAAAAUAGAUCCUGCCAGUUUUAGUAAGUUCAAAAAAACUAUGGAAUGCCCGCUGUUUUUGGUAAACGAUAAAGACAUCAGUGAAUCAAUUGGUUACUUCUACACUCUCAACGUCUACAAACAGUUUUUGGCAAACAAUAUAAGAAAUGAACCGCGAACACGAAAACCAUUUUGCGGUGGCCUUGUGCUGACAGAUACUGUUCAGUAUGACUAUUACAAUGACUAUAUUUUGUCAGCGACGUUUUUUGAUUCUAAAAAGGUGAAAUUCAAUGUUGGAUUGUUUUAUUACGUGCUGUUUAAGAACUGUGAAAACAAAGAAUGGAUGGACAGAAAUGUUGUUGAACAAUUCAAGAAGUAUGCUAUGCGCCGUGUCAGUGAAACGGUUUGCAAAAUUGGGCUUUCAUCUUUGCCACUAGAUCCUCAAGAAAACAGUUCGCUACUUACUGCAUUAUGGUACUGUGUUGAUCUGUCUUCAUGCAUAUUCAAAGAUGAUCCUGAAAAUUUCACCCACGAACGAAUGAGGAUGUUCUACGGCGUAUCGCAUUGCAUGAUUGAAAUCUUGGAGUACUUUGAAUAUGAUCUAGACAUGGAGUCUAUUAAAAGACGUAGAGAAAUAAUAAGUCAUGUGAUGACUUUGAAGAGAAUAGAUAAAGAUAGUGAUAAAGUUUACUAUUUGUUGAAAAAAAUCUUCAAAACCGUAGACGAUUUCCUGGUGAGUGAAAUUGAAAAGCCAUUCAAUCUGUACAAGCUCAAUUACCUGAAAUUGAACCACAAAAAUAUGUUGAACGAUGAUGUGAUUAAUGAAACGGUUCAUUUAAAUGACUACGUUCACUUGAUGAGGGGAAAGUAA